AUGUUUCUCAAAUUAAUCAUAGCCGGCGCUUUUCUGGCACGCGUAUCUGCAACACUUCCUUGGGAGCUCGAUAUUACUGAUGGAGAUUCCAUCCGAAACGUCGCAAGCACCAUUGCUCAUGGAGCCAUGGCCCUGUACACCGGUAACAUCACCAAUACCGCCGAUACCAUCGCAGUAUGGCCUGCGCCGAUUUAUUGGUGGGAGUCUGGUGCAGCUUGGGGAGCCAUGCUGGACUACUAUCACUACACGGGGGAUGCCACGUACAAUGAUGUCGCUAUACAAGCAAUUAUUUCACAGCUCGGUCCAAACUUUGAUCUCAUGGUCCCGCUACACCAAGGCGAUGAGGGAAACGAUGACCAAGCAUUCUGGUCCUUCACAAUUCUAGAGGCAGCCGAGCGGAACCUCCCGCAACCCAACGAUGAUGUUCCAUCGUGGCUGGAUAUUGCAAUCAACAUCUGGAACUCAAUGGUGGUUCGCUGGGAUACUGCAAACUGCGGCGGUGGGUUUUUCUGGCAAAUAUUCGAAAGCAACGCCAAUGGGCUGCACUACAAGGCUUCUGUCAGCAAUGGCGGCUUUUUUCAACUUUCAGCAAGACUUUUGCGAGCGACAGGCAACGAGACAUAUCUGGAAUGGGCUCAGAAAGUUUGGGAUUGGUCCGAGGCAAUUGGUUUCGUCACAGACGCCUACGGGAGUGGCGCGCUCGACGUGCUCGACGGAGCAGACAUAUCAGACAACUGCACAACAGUCAACCAGCUCUCUUUCUCGUACUCCCAGGGCAUCUACCUAUACGGAGCAGCUGUCCUGUACAACUACACGAACGGCGACUCGACUUGGGGCGACCGAGUCUCCAGACUCCUCGAUGGAACCAAUACUUACUUCACUCCCUAUGACAACGCUACAGACAUAAUGUUUGAACAUGCCUGCGAAACAGUUGAUCGAUGCAAGACAGACAUGCUCAGCUUCAAGGCAUAUAUGUCGCGCUUCAUGUGGGCAACGACACAGAUGGUGCCCUCGACCUUUUCGACCAUUUCUGAAAAGUUACAGACGAGCGCGAUGGCAGCUGCAAAUGCAUGCUGUGGUGGAGUGACAGGCUCGACAUGUGGUUUCAAGUGGUACGUUGGCGGUUUUGAUGGCAGCGCUGGUCUUGGUCAGCAACUUUGUGCCUUGGAGAUCAUCCAAGGUCUCUUGGUUCAAGAAGCUGCUUCACCCCUAAAAGCUGGUGAGAUUCAGCACGUGGUAGGUCAGUCUACGACUGAAACCACCGUGUCUAAUCCAUCAGCGACAUCUGGGCGGUCUGACGCCACCACCCAGUCUACUGCCACGGGCCAGUCCACUGCCACCGGUCAGUCCACUACCUCCAGCCUGUCUCCUGCCUCCAGCCUGUCUUCUGCCUCCAGCCUGUCUUCUGCCUCCAGCCCAUCCCUUGCCAGCCUCCCGUCUAGUUCGAUGGUCUAUGGUCAAACUACUAUGUCUUCUACUGGCCCUAGCAUUCGGGUGUUGUCCUCUACAUCGUCCUCGCUAACCUCCACCCCAACAGCAUCACCCGCCGUUGUAUCAGAGAAUUGCGUUGCAAAGCUCGGCAACCCAUGGCUGGGCUUGGGCUUGGUCCUGGCCAUAAUGUUGAGAUGGCAUUAG